AUGCUUUUAACCGAGGUUUAUAUUGAUACGGUCGGAGAUCCAGGGAAAUAUGAGGCAAAAAUGUCUAAAAAUUUCCCAUCUAUCAAAUUUGUGGUUGCUAAGAAAGCUGAUAGUCUUUAUCCUGUUGUCAGUGGUGCAAGUAUAGCUGCAAAGGUUACGAGGGACCGAGCUGUAAGAGAUUGGAUGCUCGAUGAGACUGCUGAUAAUAUACACAGGAACUUUGGUUCUGGAUAUACUGCAGAUCCCGCAACCAAGUCUUGGCUAGAAAAUCACAAACAUUCUAUCUUCGGUUUUCCAACAUUGGUUCGGUUUAGUUGGGGAACUUGCAAAACUUAUUUUAAAAGUGGUGCUGAAGUUUUAUGGUAA